AUGAUACUAAAAUCAUAUGAGCGUAAAGGAGGUCUCAUGUGUAUGGCUGUGCUCGCCGAAGGCUGUGCAGAUCACAUCCGCACCAAGAUGUUGUCAUCCAUGCUUCAAACAGUGUGUCGCAGUCUGUCGGACAAGAACCAGGUGGUCCGUAGUGCAGCGCUCUUUGCCCUCGGACAGUUUUCUGAACACCUCCAGCCAGACAUCAGUAAAUUCCAUGCUGAGCUGAGGUCGUUGUUGCAUGGAUACUUGUCUUCAGUGAAUCAGACCAAAAUUGUCCACAUGACGAAGGCCUUCUAUGCCUUGGAGAACUUCUUAGAGAACUUAGGUCAAGAAAUUGAGCCUUAUCUGCCCACUCUAAUGGAAACCAUGUUGUCAGCCCUUAACAAUGCAGAAAACCUUAAACUGAAAGAACUUGCUGUCAGUGCAAUCGGAGCAAUCGCUAACGCAGCCAAGGAGAUGCUAGUGCCUUACUUUCCUCCAAUUAUUGAGAGUCUGAAGGGAUUCCUGACAGACACAAGAGAAGAGAUGAGGGCUCUGCAGACACAGGCUCUAGACACACUCUCUGUGUUGGCCCGUACUGUUGGGAAGGAAAUGUUUAGUCCGUUGGCAGCGGAGUGUGUGCAGUUAGGUUUGAACCUCACUGAUGCAGUGGAUGAUCCAGACCUGCGGCGCUGCACGUAUAUCUUAUUCUCUGCUGUAUCUGAUGUGAGUCCUGACUGCCUGGACCCUCAACUCACUCCCAUCACCACAGUGAUGCUGCUGUCACUCAGAUCCACAGAGGGUGUGACGGCUCAUUUAGAGGAAGAUAAACAAUUUGUGCUCCUGGAUGAAGAUGAUGCUGAUGAUGAAGGUGGAGAGGGCGAUGCUGUUUUCGAUGAAGAGGGAGAGACUGAGGUUGAUGACAGAGAUGUUGCAGGAUUCAGUGUGGAAAAUGCUUGUAUAGAUGAGAAAGAAGAUGCUUUGGGUGAAAUCGCCUUCAACACGGGAGUGGCGUUCCAGCCCUUCCUGGAGUCCAGCUUCCAGCAGGUGUAUGAGCUCCGCGAUUUCCCACAUGAGGAUGUGAGAAGAGCUGCCUUUGGUGCCAUGGGCCAGUUCUGCCGAGCUCAGCACAAAGUGUGGAAGGAAAACCCAACGGAGGCCAACCACCAGGCUCUGCAUAAGCUGUUGCAGGUGGUUUUGCCUUGUUUUCUGGAGGCGGUGAGACAGGACAGAGAGAGACAGGUGGUGAUGGCCAUACUGGAGUCCAUGAAUGCUGUCAUCAAAUCCUGCCAGGGGGAGGCGCUGCAGGCUCCAGGGAUACUGGCCGAAAUAAGUAACACCAUCAAAGAUGUACUGAAGAAAAAGGUGGUUUUGCCUUGUUUUCUGGAGGCGGUGAGACAGGACCGAGAGAGACAGGUGGUGAUGGCCAUACUGGAGUCCAUGAAUGCUGUCAUCAAAUCCUGCCAGGGGGAGGCGCUGCAGGCUCCAGGGAUACUGGCCGAAAUAAGUAACACCAUCAAAGAUGUACUGAAGAAAAAGUUUGCAGGUGUUUAUCAGCUGGAGCAAACUUUUCCUGGAAAGUUCACUUUGGUCUUUCCUGCUCUCGUGGCUCGUCUCCCUCUGAAGGAGGACAUGGAGGAGAACAAAACAAUCUACAGCUGCCUGACCUUCCUCUACUCACACAACCCUUUGCUGGUUGUUAGUCAUCUCAGGCCAAUAAUAUCUGCUGCUGCUGCUCAUCUGUUGGGCGUGAAGGAUGUUGAUAAUGAAACACGAAACACCCUGCUCAUGCUGCUGAGAGGUCUAGCACAGCAUCACACCCAGGAAUUUGAGAGUGCGGUAAUCUCACUUCCUGAUGAGCAGAGAAACAAAAUGACCAUGGCUGUCACUCAAUCAUAGCACCUGCCCCUUAUCCUAAGUAUCACCUUUCACAAGGCCUUCCACUCUUGUGAAAGCCAGCCAAACUGAUAAUAGAUUUUUUAUUAUAUUAGAAAUGGGCUGAUUCAGUUAGCUGAGUAUGCUCUCACAGGUGUACUCGGCUUUCUGUUUUGCAGCAGAGACGUUGAGACUAAUUUCUCUUAAUUUAUUGCAGUGUUCACUUAUGCUUCUUGUCACUUUUACUUUGUUUUACUGAGUUGUCUUUCAUUUAUAAUUUUUCUGUAUGUCUCAAUGAAUCUUCUGCGUUCCCAUCUGUAUUGAAUAUUCCAUGAAAUUCUGGCUUAAUAUUCGAGUGUGAAGCUUUUGAAUUGUCCUUGCAGUGAAAGAAAUAUAUUUCUUUGAAUUGGUCAUU